ACCCAACCAACCACACAACUCCAUCUUCUGACUGAUCCCUGUGGGCAGUCCGCAACACCAUCUCCUUAUGCAAUUCAUUUUCCUUGCAGUUCUCCGAUCAAAGCACAAAGCUCCCAAAGCCUCCCUCCCGGGCCCGUCCUGCGAAUAUGCACACUGUCGGCGGUCGCUCAGCACGGAAAUAUACAUAAAAGUCUCUAUUGGCCAGAGGAGGCACCAGAGAAAACCUCAGAUCCUCGAUGAAGUCUACAAGAUUACAAAUAAAGAUCAAUCAGAGGUACUGGACCACUGGCAUCAUUGCUGAUCCGGAGAUGAUCUGGUUCGACAAGCGAACAUCCACGGCAAAAAUCAGGCGCACACUAGGACUCAAGGACGCUGAACGGAGCAGCUGUACCCUGUGCAUCGUGGUGUUCAAAAAGCUUCUCCCCAUUACUUUGCCCACCAAGAGGGAGUUCCUCGCCGUGUGGUGGCAAAUGGCCAUCGCGCCCUCUGGAAAAGGGGUGUAUAUCACUGCAACGUGUUCUCAACGACUACGACUUAUCCGGCCUCGGGCGCCAGCGGUGAACCUUCCCUCGCCAGAAGCCGUGGCAGGCAAGGUCGAGAAUGUGUAUGCGUAUGAUGCUGAAUCGUUCAUCUGGGUCCUCAGCUGGGUCUGUCUUCAGUAUGAAGGUGGCGUGCGCAGCAAGAACAGACCACUUGAGGAAUUUCUGAAAGUGGAUGCUCUUAGAUGCGCGGAACAAAAGACCCACUUCUGGUCAAAACAUGUGGAUUGCGGUCGGAAGAGAAGGCAUGGGAGAAGAGCAAACGCCUUUGGAUCUACACUUGAAUCACGCAAAUUGCGAGGAGUUUUCACGAUCCUUAAAAUCACGUACGUACUUAAUGACCCUCGCUACGGCGUACUCGACCAAAUUCAUGAUGCCAUGCCCAUCGUCGAGAGCGAGGAAUUGGAUUUUUGA